AUGUCUUCCACCUCGUUCUGGAGACCUCUUCUCCUUCUAUUCAUGAUUCUGCACCUUAUCACCGUCUCAGGCGCGUCAUGGUUUAAGCGUUUCGUGCCUCAACAGCGCGAUACUGCAGAAUGCCCAACAUGCUCUUUGUCAGCGUCUCCAAUAGGUACAGAAAUGAGAGACUGGAACGCCACUGGAGCCUCGAGUAGCUUGACGAGUGGUCUACUUUUCAGCACAUACUUUGCAUCGUCAACGAGUACAGGCUCUGUCGCCAGUCCAAAUGUCCCAUCCAGCUCCUCAUCGCCUUCUACAACUACGAACCCUGGGCACCUGUCUACCCCCUUAGCUCCAGUUUCGGUGACUUCCUCCUCUACAGAAGACCAGGAUGUCUCGACAUCCAUUCAGAUACUCACCACGGUUAUUCUCACGAGUGACAAGUUUACAUUUACACUGAGCCGCUCUCCCUCGUCGUUCACUUCUGCUUCCUUCUCAGACUCGGCAGGAAGAUCGUCUUCGAGCAGCGAAAGUUCUUCACCUAAAACUUAUACAGAUACCAAGGCCUCCGAGGCAACAAAUACGUCUCUGGCCUCUGAUACGGCUGGUUCCACAACUUCGAGCCAAACCCCGAUGGGAGACACUUCUCAAACUUCGAUUCCCAACCAUGAGUCUAUUGUCUCCAUGUCUACACCUGGGAGUAAGAACAGCGCUAGCGCCACAGAAGGUGCUUCAAGCAGUUCUCUUCUAGAAUCCAGUUCGGUUAAGACCCCUACUGCAAUGAAUACAAACUCAGUUAGUAUGCCAACGGAUGGCACGGUGGCCUCCUCAGCACAAAUUGCCUCUACUCUUGUGACGGGCAAUGGCAAUUCUACUUCGGCACAAUCAUCCACAACCCUCCAGACCCAGGCCAGUGACGGAAGUUCAUCAUCACCAACCAUUUCCGAAGCUUCGAUCGGGACAGAAACUCCUAGUGAGCCUUCUUCAUCAACUCAGAGUCUCACUAACCCAUCCGCAUCCUCAUCAUCCCAGCAACUUUUGCCUCUAACUUUCACAACCUCGAGCACGAGUACGGUUCUGCGUAGUGACUCAACUUUCGUCACCGUCUUUGUGAAGACUGUCACAACAAGUAUUGUCCAGGUGUCUUCGCAAUUGAGUAGCUCCCAGUCAACUGCAACCUUGGAACAUUCCCAGGCAGAUUCCGGCUUGUCUGAAUUGGCUGAAAGUACUCCAUCUUCAAGUGGAUCUUCUCUAGUGCCAGGUGGAACAACUCCCACGACACUUGUUCCUCCUGUAUCUGGCACUGUGUCUGUCUUUCCAAUGCUGACUGGAUCUCGGAUGUCCUGCGUGUUCGACGUGAACCCGUGGUGUGGUCCGAUGCCUACAACACUGGCUGAGAGUACCCUUUAUUGCUUAUGUCCAGUUUGCUAUGAUGGCAUGCAGGCUUGUAAGGAGUCAAAACCAGAAGGCACAAUCUGUCCUCUGGGCUGGUUAUGCUCGGUUACUACACCUCCAGGAGUUUCCACCAGUGUGGCAUUCAGUCUCCCAAAGGAGCUCACCUACGCCACCAUCUCCCCCAGCAUAUGGAACUCUACGUAUGAGAUGAUCACCCGUACAGACAGCAGCUCAAAGGCGACUCAUGUAACAUGGACAGCGACACUAUCAACAAGCACUCAAUACCUGCAGAACGGAGUUCGUGUGGAGUUCCCGUCUUGGACCUGGCUGUGCAUAGGCCCAUUCUGUAAGCCAGUAGGUCUCAAUGGACUUACUGAGUUUGCAGUGGAUUCAAUCAAAUGUCUACUGUCUUCGAAGUGCCACAAACCAGACAAUGGGGGCUGGGAAUGGCCACCAGUGCCUGUGAUAACUCCCAUCCCACCAUCAACAUUGUCAUGGAUGACUGAACCUAAGUCCAUGACUGGCACUGAAAUGGGCAUUGGCACUAACGACCAUUCUUCGAAGACAACAUCAGUGGAGUCAUCACUAACAACAAAUUCCUCGGAUUCUUCGUCGAGUUCGUCGAGUUGUUCUGGGUCAACUUAUUCUACCUGUUAUGUUGCUUGUACUCAUUCGAUUGAUACAACCACCUCUCGAACAUGCGGGACGUCUUGCUCGGUUUUCACACAGUGCUCUGGUACUGACACGACAAUAAUCACAAUCAGCACUACAGCAAAAGUUUGUUCUCCCAGCCCAUGGUGGAAUGAUGCAGGCCUGUCGCCUCGAAUUGCGUCAUGGGUCACACAGUUCCCUAUUCUUACGAUACCUGAGAUUGUGCCAAACACAACUGUGUGGUCAUCGAUCAGCCUGUCUUCAAGUCUAAGUGCAUCAACAAGCUUGUCAGCACCUCCGAGUCCAUCUCCUUUCCCCCCAGUCUCAAUCUCUACCACCAACUCUUCCACGCCGCUGGUUAGUCAAUCAUCGACUUCUGGUCAGGUCUCCCAGGCGUCAGUGCCCGCAACAUCAAAGAGCACACAUUCAAGGUUGACAGAAGACAACAAGACGCCGACGACCACAGUGCCCUUCAAAACGCCUGUCAGCGCCACCCACACGACGCAGAAGACAGCGGCAGCCUCGAUCUCUUCAUUCAGCGAGGUGCGCAAACGCUGCGCAACGUGGGACCCCGUUGGCAAUGGUGUUGGGAGUUGCGGUCUUAUCACGGCCGACCUCAAGAUUUCCGAACAGGCUGUUGAUGUCUACGAGGGGUUCUGUCAAGAGUUAGUGAACAAAAAGCUCAUACUGCCCGAGGAGGGUGGUGAGCAUUACACCCCGGGCGAAUGCGGGCGAAUUUACGUUGGGAAGAACGACAAGGACCCACUCAGCCUUGGUAUUGCCCUCGACAAGACUGGUUGCAAUAAAGACGAUGAUACAGACUGGCUGAAUGGAGUGGACAUGGUUAAGUAUGGGACUGAUCAGUGCAGAAAUGCAUUUUGUCACAUGAUCGUCAAUGGAUGCAGGAAGUAUUGGCUGAAUUGUUUGCGCUUCACAGCAGCUACGCUCGAUGAAAACGACUCUGCACCAGAGACUCUUCCUCCGACCACCGUAGCGGCUUAG